AUGACAAUUCAAGAAUGCAAAAAAGCUGCAGCUGUAUAUGCUGUGGAUACCUAUAUCAAAAGUGGAAUGCUUUUAGGUCUCGGAAGUGGUACAACGACAUUUUACGCCAUUGAAUAUCUUGGACAGAAAUUGAAGCGAAAAGACGUCGAAAAUAUUCGUUGUGUUCCCACAUCUACAGCAACAGAGCGUUUAAUGAAUCAAUGGGAGAUUCCUUCUAUUGCAUUAGAUGAAUUGGAUACACUCGACUUGGUAAUUGACGGAGCUGAUCAAAUUGAUCAAUCCUUUAAUCUAAUAAAAGGUCUAGGAAAAGCUUUGUUACGAGAAAAACUUGUUGCUCAAUGUACCCGAAGUUAUGUUAUUAUAGUGGAUGAAACUAAAGCGAAAACGUUUGAGCGCUUUCUAGAAGGACCUUUACCGGUCGAAAUCGUAAAAUUUGGAGCUGAACAUACGGUACGACAUCUGUUAUCACAGCCUUUUCUAAAGUCAUUAGGUGCGAAAGGAUCUUUUCGUACCAAUUGUUGCGAACCAAAGGAUUACGAAGAAACAGAUAAUGGUAAUUUCAUUGUCGAUAUAACAUUUGAUCAACCUUUAAGCGAUUUGGUUUGUUUAAGUCAAAUUUUAAAUUCAACUGUUGGAAUUGUUGAGCAUGGAUUAUUUUUAAAUUUAAACCCUAUUCUUAUAGUAGGAUAUGAACAUGGUGAUGUGAAAUGUUUUUCACCUCCUUCACUAUCGUAA